GCCGGGCCUGGCUCUGAGAGUGGAGGCUCUGCCAGCGUCAUUCCCCUUGGCCUUGAACUCCGUCACCUCCUAGGCCAACAACAAAGCCAAGGGUCAUGCUCCUGUUCUCAGUUUUGCUGCUCACGUCCCAAGCCAAGGGUGCACGUGGCGAAUGUGGCGAAAGACCCAAUUUUGAGCGAGGAGCUCAGUAUUCCAGAAUCAUAGAGGGGACAGAGGCUCAGGUGGGUGAGUUUCCAUGGCUGGUGAGUAUUCAGGCAAGAAAUACCCAUUUCUGUGGCGGCACGAUCAUCAACGAGUGGUGGAUUCUCACUGCAGCUCACUGCUUAUCUUCUGAGGAGCUGAUUCCAACAGACCUGAGUAUUGUGUUGGGAACCAACAGCUUAAACAGCCCAUCCCUGGAAAUGAAGGCGGUCACCAGCAUAAUUCUUCACAAGAACUUUACAAGAAUCAACAUGGACAACGAUAUUGCCUUGCUGCUGUUGGACUCGCCCAUCACGUUCAGCGAGCUGAAAGAACCCAUCUGCAUGCCCACAAAUUCCAACCUCUCCUCGUGGCGUGAAUGUUGGGUGGCAGGAUGGGGACAGACCCAAAGUGAUGACAAAAACACUAUGACUACUGAUCUGAUGAAAGUACCAAUGAUCAUCGUGCACUGGGAAGAAUGUGUAAAGGAAUUUCCAAAACUUACCAGAAAUAUGCUGUGUGCCGGAUACAAGACUGAAAACUACGAUGCCUGCCAGAUGAGAAAACAAGGUGAUUUUAAUCAUCAAUCAUUCCCUUCACUAUCGGAAUGGAUCCAAAGCAGUAAAAUAGCUUCGUAGCUCUUUCACACGUAUUCAGUAAUUUCACUCUCUCCACUGCUCUGGAAGAUGGGCUGGGCCGGUCUCCCUCUCCUUGUUUAACGGAUAAGAAAACAGGGAUUGAGAAUGGGAGGGAUUUGCCCAAAGUCCAGGUAGUGGUGGGGCCAGGCUGGAAGCCAGGUCAUCUGCUUCGACCCCAAAUGGACAGGAGGAUCGUGUGUGUGAUUAUCUUACACGGUGAGCACGGGCGGCUCUUGUGGUCAGUAUGUUUCUAACCAGUCAGGUCCCUGGCUACCAGCUUUAGUCCUUGGAAGAAAGUCCCCCUUAGGUGGGCUGUUAUGAGUCCCGGGUCCUUGCUGAGUGAGGCCACACCCUCCUUUGAGGUAAUCCUUGAUUUCUUUCUAAGAAAAUGACCUGUAUUUACAGGUGUCCCUCUUGGGUCCCAGCAGUCCUGAAGGGAUCCUCUGUUUCCUAAAUAUACAAGUAAUGUUUGUAAUACACAAGGGUAAAAUAAUAAUACUAAUACAUUUCUGGAGCACUUAUUACAUGGCAUUUACCCUGAGCCGAGCGAUUUCUAGAUUUUUAAAAAUUUAUCUGCCAAUGAUCUUGGAAAGCAGUUGGCAUUAUCUCCAUUUUAAUAACACACAAACUGAGGCUUAGAGAAGUUACUUGCCCAAGGACUUUUCUCCCCCUGUUAUGUAAAGAAAUAACAAAGAAGCCAGGCAACAUAUUUAUAAAACUUUUGUAACAUUCAUGCCUGCAGAAAAUGAAGAAAAUUAUAAAAACAACAUUUAUGGAAGGAGCUGUUUGGGUGGAAAUCCUGUUGAUUUAGUUCUUGCCUGAUGACUUUGAAACAGAAAUAACACAGAAAAGCACAUCCCCACAAAAAACAAAGUGGUAGAGGCAAUGUUUUGUACUGGAAAGGGUAAUUUUGGUUUUGGCCCACACUUCCUUGGUGUCUUUGAGCUCUGAUCUCUCUGUUAAUUCUGCCCCAAAUAUCCCUCUGCUUGGUGAUAUGUUCCACGGUCAACCCACACUCCACGUGAACACAAUUUACUCAUUAUCUCCCCUGCACUUUAUUUCUGUUAACCACAUCCCGUAACCUUGGAACUAGACCUCACCGUCCUGUGCAAUGUCACCAGUCACCAGAUCAUGUCAGUUUCAAUCCAUCUCCCUCCAUUCCGACCUUCUCGUGCCCUGGUUCAGAUCCUCAUCAUUUUCCCCUCCUCUUAACUAGUCCCCUCUACCUCCUGUCUGACUCCACUCAAUCGAUCCUCCACAUACACCCUUCCUGUCAAAUUCCUCUUUAUCCUUCAAACUCAAUGCUUUGAAGUCUCUCUUGACUGACCCUUCCCACAACAGAAUCAGAUCCUCCCCGCUUUGUCCCGCUUCCAGAUCUUCGUGCUUCUCCUGUCCCAUCAAAUGCAGUUCGUCCUAUUUGCUUACAUUUUUAUCUCCCUCACUGGACCAUAAGGUCUCGUAUCCCAAAUGCCUGACAAUUAGUCUUUCCUCAGUGAAGAUUUGUUAAAUGAGAGUGAUCGAAUCUCUUCUGACCUUCCAUUUUCUAACACGGGGAUCAAAAUGCCUACCCCCCAGAGAUGUGAGGUGGUAGGAUUAAAGAGAAGAAAAGUCAAUGGGCUAACGCUGUGCCUCACACAUCAUGUCCAGGAAACAUUCAUCCUCCUCCCCUGUUAGAGUUCAUUAUAAGAUGCCAUUCAUUCUAGUCGCCUAUUUACCAUCAUGCGAAAGGAGAUGUCUCUCCACUGAAGAAAGACCGAUUAAAACAUUGUAGCCACUCAGCUCCUUUGAUGAGAGGCAAGGUGGAAAGAACAUGGGCUUUGGCAUCAGAAAGUCCUGAUUCCAACUCUGGCCUGGCUACCAGGUAACCCUGAGCAGGACUUAUCCUCCUUAAGACUCAUUUUCCCUGUAUUAAAAUAGAUGGAAGGAAGCCAUAUAUAUGUGGGUAUACCAUAGGGACUUCAUACAUGUUUUCUAGACAAAUAAUCAGAUGAGUCAUAGACCCACAUGAUUCCACCCCGGAGGGACCACAAAUUCAGAAAAGUCUAGCUCACUUUCCCCUGCAAACACCCACACCAAAGAAUUAGAAAGGAACAUUAUUCUCCCUCACGCCUCUGGGAGAACAUCAAAGGAGACCCAAUUCAUAUCCACAACCCCAACAAUGCUUCUCGCAUCCUAUUCUCAUUCCUUCCCUUUACAGAACUUUCCAGAGCUUCUGAUUUGAUAAGACCCACAAAACUAGUCCCCACUCUUCUCUUAGCCUGUGCAACAUCCAUCUGCCAGCUCCUCUCGUACUGUGCUUCAGAUGGAGUUAUUUUCUCACUGAGCCCUUCCUCCUCCUCCCCACUCUUCAGUCCUGUCCCAUCUACUGCUCACCAACUCUACAACCCACAACUCCCAGAGCCACCCUGACAGCAGCACCCUCCUCCCCUGGACCCAGGGUAAAGGUGGGCAUUGGUCAGCAAUGACAAGAUUUCCUUUGGAAGCCUGGAGUAGGGGAGAUCAAAGAUUCCUCUUCCAUUAAUGAGCUGAGCUGUGCCUCAGAUGGACAGUUUAGGAUGGGACUUUCUACUGAACUGUGUUCUCUGC